AUGUCGUUCUUCAUUGAAAACCCUAAUGUCGGGGACAGAUGCUCCCUCGAGGAUUCCAGAAUCCGUGGAUACAACCCUCUCACACCCCCCAACCUCCUUCAACAUGAAAUCGCCAUGACGGAGAAGUCCCGGCAAACGGUCAUGGAAGGUCGUGAGGAGGCUAUUGCUGUCGUCCAAGGAACAGACACCGACCGUCGCCGUUUGCUGGUUGUCAUCGGCCCUUGCUCCAUCCACGACCCUGAAAUGGCCCUCGAAUACUGCGAUCGCCUCAUGAAGAUGAAGGAGAAGUACAAGGAUGAGCUGCUGAUUGUCAUGCGCUCCUACCUCGAGAAGCCCCGUACCACCGUCGGCUGGAAGGGUCUCAUCAACGACCCCGACAUUGACAACAGCUUCAAGAUCAACAAGGGCCUGCGCACCUCCCGUCAACUCUUCGUCGACCUGACCAACAAGGGUAUGCCCAUCGCCAGUGAGAUGUUGGAUACCAUCUCCCCCCAGUUCCUGGCCGACUGUCUCUCCGUCGGCGCCGUUGGUGCUCGCACCACCGAGUCCCAGGUCCACCGUGAGCUGGCUUCGGGUCUGUCCUUCCCCGUUGGUUUCAAGAACGGCACCGACGGCUCCCUGGACGUCGCUGUCGAUGCUAUCGGCUCUGUCAAGCACCCCCACCACUUCCUGUCCGUCACCAAGCCCGGUGUCGCUGCGAUCGUCGGCACCGUGGGCAACCCCGACUGCUUCGUCAUUCUCCGUGGUGGCAAGAAGGGCCCCAACUUCGAUGCUCAGAGCAUCGCCGAGGCCAAGGCCAAGCUGAUCGCCAAGGGCAUGCCUCCCCGCCUUAUGGUCGACUGCAGCCACGGCAACUCUCAGAAGGACCACAAGAAUCAGCCUAAGGUGGCUGCUGUUCUGGCCGAGCAGAUUGCUGCUGGAGAGACCGCCAUCAUGGGUGUCAUGAUUGAGAGCAACAUCAACGAGGGCAACCAGAAGGUCCCUCCCGAGGGCAAGGCCGGCCUCAAGUACGGUGUCAGUAUCACCGACGCCUGCAUCCACUGGGAAGAUACGGAACUUGUUCUGGAGAACCUGGCACAGGCUGUGCGCACCCGCCGGGAGAAGCUUGCUGUCAAUGGCAACGGCAACUCCCAAUAA